AGCGCCGUUGAAUCAACGCAUUGAUUGAUCGGAUCCUCUCGAAAUCGGCGCCGUUGAAUCAACGCAUUGGCGUCGUUCAUCCUCGACAACAACAGGCCCAUCCAUCUCUACUCCUCCAUUCUCUGAUUCUGGAGAGAAAGAAGCAACCAUGGAGACCCCUCAUAAGCCUCUUGAGUAUAUCAUUGAUAUGGGUACUUUACAGAAACGCAGAGAGAAAGUCACUCAAGAUCAAUUGUCUGAGAAGAUUCUCGAGAAGAGCCAGAACACUAAUUUUCCCAAAACUUCUGUAAUCUCCAAAAAGCUAGCCUAUACUCGCAGUAACCCCUUCAGGGUUCACAAGCACAAGAAAGUGAGAGGUUGUCUUCACAUGGAGGUGCAGCUGAGUGAACUUGUUGAAGUGUGCAAGGGAAUACAUCACUAUGUGAAGAAACUCUCUCAAGACAGAGAUGAAGAUCCUAAAAGAUUUAAGAAGAAGAGAGCUCAAAGUGUAAGGAAGACAAGAAAUAUCUACUCUUCUGCUUCAAGUGAUGAUGUGGUGAGUCCAGGAGAGAUAUCUCCUCUGUCUUCAGAGGUUGUGCGUUCAGAAGAGACAAGGGGUGGUGAACAGGGAAAGAUUACAAGCUACGAGACCUUUGUCAACCAAAAGAAUGACUCUCUUGCCAUGGUAACAGUGCUGAUCGCUGCCUGUAUCUUUCAAGGUGGGUUCAAUCCUCCAGCCAUAUUAGACUCUCUUUGGAUUAAGCGGAUCUUUCAGUACUCACUUUGGGGUGCAGCCAUCUUUACAUCGUUUGCUCUGCUUCUUAUUUUGGCCACCACUCCAACAUCUGCAGAAGUCCAUUCCACAAGGUUGUCAUCAGGUUAUGUGUUGUUGACCCUUGCUUAUCUUUGCAUCCUCAUAUCUUUUGGGGCAUCAACUUUCUCAUUGUCAAGGACACCACUGAGCGCUGUUAUUGGAGGAUUGGCGAUUCUGGUUCUUGUGUUGGUGUUCAGUUACUUCACGAUUUCAAAAGUCAGACAAGUGAUACAAAAAUACACUGGAUUUACGUUGAUUGGGACGUCUGAUCAAGCUCCCUACUCUACUGUAUUUUCCAAGGUGUUCUCAUUCUCAAGAAAGACUGCCAAGUAGAUUUUCUUGGUGCUGAUUCCAAGGCUUCUGCUCUCUCCUCGCUUCUCGGAGUCUUCUUCUGAUAUUCUCGGAGUCUUCUUCUGAUAUUCUCGUAGUAGCGUUAAUGUGCUAAGCAAAGACAUCUCUUGUGUCUUUUCUGGCUUUUCUUUGUCUUUUGAACUUGAACUUGUACUCUUGUUUCUCUUCUGUUUCUCCUCUGCUUCUUCUGUGCGUGCUUGGUUAUGUUUCAUGGGUGUUUUUGCGGACUUCGCAGUGCCUGUUCUUGCGGGAAGACGGGUCUCGCCUGUUUUGUUUACGUAGAUGUUUAAACCUUCUUGACUAAUGUUUAGUACGCAUAUCUUUGUUGAUUGACCAAGAACUUGUUUGUUACAGAUUCUGUAAGAGCUAAUAAACACUUCAACUAAAAAUCAGAGACUCGG